UGUGCAAGAGAGCAGAGCAGUCGGUGAAGAUGUCUGCACACUGUGUCCCAUUGCUGGACGCGUGGAGGAGAAAUAUUAGUGCUCAAAUCAAGAGGAGCCAAUCGCUGAAGCUAUGUCCUCAACAUGUGGCGCUGCUGAGGGAGCCUGGCGUGGUGGCAUCUCUCGCCGAGCAGAAUGCCAAGAUGGCAGGCACGCUCCUCCGCACCGAUGGCACCGCUGCGUUCCGCCGCUUCACGCCGGACUCGCUGGCGGCGAUCGAGGCGGCCAAAGCUUUGGAGUGCGUGGAUUGUGAGGAGGAGAUGUGUCAAGACCAAAGCCAGAAGAACAAGAAGAAGAAGAAAAGGAAGAAUAAGAAGGAGCAGAAGGAUCGACCCAAGCCCUCCAGCGACCUUGAGGCCGGCAAGGUCGUGCCCUUCAUCUUCGGCGACCCUCCACCGGAGCUGCUCAACGUGCCCCUGGAGGACCUGGACCCCUUCUACAGGGCAAAGAAGACCUUCGUUGUCAUCAGCAAAGGGAACGUGAUCCACAGGUUCAACGCUGAGCCAGCUCUGGAUUGGCUGUGGCUACGGCCCUUCAGCCCUGUCAGACAAGCAGCCAUUCAAGUGGUUUUGCAUUCAUUGUUCAGAUUGUUCAUCGUCCUCACUAUUCUAGCCAACUGUGUGUUUCUGGUAAUGCCCUACUCAGCAGACGCAUUGGGGUUUACCUGUAUUGCCGUGUACACUUUAGAGGCCUUGAUCAAGGUGCUAUCCAGAGGACUGUGUUUGGGGCGCUUCACCUUCCUCCGCGACCCGUGGAACUGGCUCGACGUGUUUGUCAUCCUCAUGGGGUACCUUAGGAUGUUCAUAAACCUGCCGGGAUUUACUAUGUUUGCUGUGCUGAAGGUUAUCCCCCUGUUGCCUGGCCAGAAGCGGGUUGUCGGCGCGAUGGCCCAUUCCCUGCGGAGGCUUCGUGACGCGGCUGUCAUCACCCUCUUCAGUCUGGUCAUCUUUGCCUCAGUGCUGCUGCAGGUCUUCAUGGGCGACCUCCGGACAAAGUGCAUUGUUAUUGAUGAUUCAAACGGGACGUUUGAUGAUCUUGGCUUCUGGCAUGAUGAUGAUCCCUAUGGUCCUAGAUACAUCAACAACCAUUCUAACCAAUAUAUUCUGCCGAGCCAGUUGGAUGCUCUGGUGUGUGGGAAUCGGUCGGACGCUGGUGGCUGCCCUGCCGGUUUUAUAUGCCUGAGGACAGAAAGAAAUCCCAACUAUGGCUACACAAGCUAUGACAAUUUCUUCUGGGCCUUCCUCUCUGUUGUCCGUCUAAUGGCGCAGGACUUCGCAAGUGACCUCAUUACCCUGAGCCUGCGUGCGGGUGGGACUUACAACAUAUACUUGUUUGUCCUGAUGUCGCUGGGAUGCUUCUGUCUGGUGAGUCUGCUCCUGGCAGCCGUCUCCAUGGCGUACGCCGAGAUGAACAACGCCGCCAUCCAGGACGCCAAGGAGAAGGAGGAGGAGUACACCCUCAUCCUGGAGGAGAUGAAGAGACAGCAGGAGCAGCAGAAUGAAACCAGUGCCGUAGCCACCUCAGACGAUCAAGAUAUGAGCACUGUAAAUGUCUUAGCAGACACAGAAAUCACUGUGGAAGAUGUCCAGCAUCCUUUGGAUCGUUGUACGUCUCUCUGGCGUAAGUGUGCGGGAACAGUCCUGGUGUGGAACUGCUGUUCUUCAUGGGUAAUCCUAAAGAAGAUUUUGCAUACGGUGAUGACGAACCCCAUCACAGACCUGCUCAUGGUCAUCGUUGUCAUCACCAACAUUGUCUUCAUGAGCAUGGAGCGCUAUGAACUGACUUACGAGAUGGAGUACACACUGCAAUUAGCCGAUAAGGUAUUCGUUGCAGUAUACACAAUGGAGAUGGCUCUCAAAAUCACCGCAGUGGACCCUUACCAUUACUUCCAAGUGAGCUGGAAUAUUCUAGAUGCUGCGGUUGUGUUCCUGGCUAUGCUGGAGUCGAGUCUGGCUGAUGUCCAAGGUCUUUCGUUUCUCCGUCUUUUCCGUACGAUUCGUAUCUUCAAGCUGGCCAAGUUCUGGCCCAGCUUCCACAGCCUCCUGAGCGUCAUGCACCCGGCUAACGUGCUGCGCUGCGGAUCGUCUGUCCUGCUGGUCAUCUUCUUCUUCUUCUUCACGGUGAUGGGCACACGCCUCUUCGGCCAGAGCUACGAGUUCUGCGUCUGCAAGAUCGCAGGGGACUGCGAGCUGCCACGCUGGCACAUGGCCGACCUCUACCACUCGUUCCUCACUGUCUUCUACAUAGUCGGCGGCCGCUGGGUGGAGGUCCUGUGGGACUGCAUGGAGGUGUCGUCUCCGGCUUUGUGCGUGCCCUUCUAUAUGGCUGUCACAUUCCUCGGCACCUUGCUGACGUUGCACCUCUUCCUGACCUUGCUGUUGAGGUCCUUCAGUGGGGACCACCUGGCCUUAAUGGCCAAGGGCAACGGCAGCAGGAGAAACCUCCGCGUCGCCAUCGGGAGAAUCACACACGGCAUCAGCUGGGCGGCCGGGCAUGUCCAGCAACUGCUAGGUCAGGGUCAGCAGCCCGGACCGGCAGAGGGGAAGGACGUAGCCCUCGACCAGCUGGACACAGCAGAGUCUGGGCCGGAGCCGGCGGAUGGUCAGCCGGACGAGCUGAAGGACAAAUCUCUGACGGAGGAUACGGCCGCUACGGUCCAUGUUGCCAUGGCCACAGAUGAGGCCAGCGCUGAGGCUGAUGGUGGCGAGAGCAUUAUCAUACAGGAGCUCAAGCCAGAGAAUGGCCACAGCGAUAAGAACGGUGUGGAGAGCUCUCCACAGCACACGGCGAUGGACGAGGAGGUCCCCAUGCCCCCUGAAUGCUGCACGGAGAACUGCAUCCGCCACUGCCCUUGCCUGGCCCUGGACAUUACCCAGGGUAGGGGGAAGACAUGGUGGACGCUCCGGAGAGCCUGCCACGCCAUAGUGGAGCACCGAUACUUUAACAUCUUCAUGAUCAUCGUCAUCGUCCUCAGCAGCAUUGCUCUGACCUUUGAAGACAUCUUCCUUGAACAUAGACCAGUCCUGAAAAUGGUAGUGGAGCAUGCAGAUCAGGUGUUCACAGCGGUCUUCCUUACGGAGAUGGUCCUUAAAUGGAUGGCCUAUGGCUUCAACGUUUACUUCAAUGAUAUCUGGUGUUGCCUCGACUUUUUCAUCCUAAAUGUGUCCGUCUUGAGCUUUGUGGCCAAUGGGCUGGGGAGCCCCAGGCGCUCCUCCCUCCCCUUCAGAGCCGUCAUCCCCCUCAGGCUGCUCUCCAGGAGCCAGAGGAUGCAGGUGGUGCUACGUGUCCUAAAAGGGGCCAUCCCGUCCCUCAUCAACGCGCUGCUGGCGUGCCUGACCUUAUGGCUUGUCUUCAGCAUCGUUGGCGUCAAUCUCUUUGCCGGAAAGUUCUACCACUGCUUCAACAAAACCUCAGACAAAUAUUUUACAGAGGAAGACGUGCACAAUAAAACAGAAUGUUUUUUGCUCAUGGAGUGGUUGAAUGAAAGGCCUACAGAAGUUGUAUGGAAGACCACACAUUUCAACUUCGACAAUGUUAUGAAUGGCUAUGUGAGCCUGUUUCACGUGUCAAGCCAGAAAUCAGGAAUGGACGUCAUCUACAGUGCUGUUGAUUCACGUUUGAUUGAAGAACAACCAAUUUACGAAGACAACCUCUAUGCGUCCCUGUACUUUGUCUUGUUCUCCAUCUUCGGGGUCUUCUUCACGCUUAUCUUCUUCAUUGGGGAAAUCAUAGAGAACUUCAAUCAACAAAAAUCCAGGAGCGGAGAGCAGAACAUCUUCCUCACAGACAGCCAGAGGGGAGUCUACAGCGCUAUGAAGAAACUUGGUCUUCAGAGCUCCCAGAAAGCAGUGCCACGGCCACAGGGCCUAUGUUGUCGCUACAUGUAUGACUUGGUGACCAGUCGGUGGUUUGACAUAGGUAUGAUGGUGGUGGUGCUGCUAAGUAUCCUGACAACGAUGCUGGAAACAGCCGAUACCCCUGACUCCUUCUUAGAGGUGCUCUAUUUUGGACAAUUGGUCCUAAUAUUUGUCUUCCUCAUUGAAUUCAUUCUGAAAAUGUCGGGCCUGGGAAAGAGCUACUUCAGUACCGGCUCGAAUAUCCUGGACUUCAUUGCACUCAUUGUGAAUAUAAUCAGUUUAUUUCUGGCAGACCUUAUCCAUUUCUACCUUUUCCCCAUUGCACCCGUAUACCUUUUACGACUAGCAAGGACCGGUCGGGUUCUACCUCUAAUUCCUGGUACCGAGGGGAUCAGGACGCUGUUCUUCGCCCUGAAGAUGGCCCGUCCUGCUCUGUCUAACAUCGCUCUGCUCUUUGGCCUCACCAUGUUUGUCUUCUCCAUCUUUGGCAUGUCAGAGUUCCCCUUCUUCCUGUCAGAGGAAGGCGAUACAGGUAUAGACGAGUUAUUUAACUUCCAGACAUUCUUCAGCAGUUUCAAGUGCCUCUUCAUCUGCACGCUUUCGGGCGGCUGGGAAUCUUUCGUCUACAACCUGGUAAGAAGUCCGUUAUACCUCGACAAGAAGCACCCAGGAUUUGACGUGUGGGGUAGUUGGGUUAACCCCUUGGAGGGAGCCGCUUUCAUUUACUGUUAUGUGCUCGUAGUCUCCCUGUUAGUGAUCUAUAUGUUCAUCGCCUUCAUACUGGAAACGUUUGACUUUGAUGAAGUCUCAAGCGCAGAUGCAGCGAGGGAGGAUGACGAGCAUGAUCAUCAUGAUUAAAUGGAGGUGGUUGCUACAUUACCGUAGGUCGGUAACACUUCACAAUAACCUUCCGCUAAUUAGUUAACUAAUGUUAACUAAUGUUAACUAAUGGUAAGCUAUAAUUACGUCUCCCCGAAAUUGGGGGGUGGGGGGCACAAGCUCUGCUACAUAAUCGUGAUUAUCGUGAUCGUGAUGGUGAUCUAAAUAAUCGUGAUUAUGAUUUUUUUUCCAUAAUCGGGCAGCCCUUAUAUAUUAUUGUCAUCUGCAAAUGUUUAGUAAGUGUUAUACAAUUGAUUUAAUAAUGAUAUAUCAACGCUUAUAAUAGUAUUAUAGAUGCACAACAAACCAUUAGCUAACCAUUAGUUAACCAUUUACGCGGAAGGUUAUUAUGAAGUGUUACACACUAGGUCAUCCCUGGAAUUUUGUAGCUGUUUUUCCCCCAGAUUUGGUUGGUGUUAGGGCCGGGUGAUUCACCUUCCCCCAGAUUUUGUUCAUGGAAAUAUCAAUUCACGACUCGUAUCGAUUCGACAGCCCAUACUGCAACCAAACCCCCCACCUCAUAUUUAAAACGAAAUAAUGGCUCCACUGUCUGUUAAUAGAUUAUCUGCAUGUACUUUAAUUUUGAUAUGAAGUGCCUCAACAAACCUUGAAUAGUAGCAAGACAUAUCAUGGCAUGUCGCUAAGGUGGAGGUGAGACAUCGCUGCAUGUCUUUCAUAGAUAAUCCAGUCAAAUAACAUAUUUUAAUUUACCCUCAAACACUAACAUCUCUCCUCUACAAAGUCUCUUAGUAAUGAUGUGAAAGAUACAGUAUCUUGUUUAUUCUGUAUUCAUGUAUUCUUGAAUGAUCUUGAAUGAUGUUUGAAUUAAAAUGGAGAUGUAAGGUCCCACCUACAGUGGGGUGAACGAUGGAAAUACGUAUGUCAUCAGACUAAGAUUUAAUUUUUUCUUUCUCUGCUUUGGUUUUCUAUAGUUUUUGUACCACUAUCAUGUUUGUUCUGAAACAUAUAUGGUUGAUUAUCUACUGGUACACCAUGUCUGUUCAUGUUCUCCAUGUUCAACGUUUACCUGCAACUGGUAUAGAAUCAUAAGCUUCAGACCCAUAGCCUGAAUAUAGUUAACUAGUAGAUCAUUGGUUCUGUUGGGGGGUUGUGGGUGGUGUAGCUUAUCUCUGACAUACUAGGUAAGGGGGGCUUUAAGGGGAAAAAAGCUAUGAACCACUGGACCAAAUUAUUGCAUACCAGCAGGACUUGUCGUAUGGUACUUUGAUUCGUUGUGAAGUUCAUACAGUAUUAUUACAUUACACUUAGUAGGUGCAAUACUUUUUAUCCAAAGUGACUUGCUGUUUUUUUAUUAUUAUUACAUCCCCAACUAAUGCUUCAAACUAUCUUUAUAUGCUGUAUAUGUAUGUUUGUGUUCUAACAAAAUAUAUACCUCUACUGUUUUAUGUUGAUACAUAUAUUUUUGUAAUUUCCAAAUAUGUUGCCUUAAACUAAUCAUUGUGGAUUUUUAUACAAAAAGACUUUUUUUACAAUAGUCUGACUAUAAGCCCUCAUGUAUUUGCAGAGUCAGCUGUCUUUUUGCAGCUUUGUCAAUAAAUGUGAAAGACUUUUAA